AGGAGCUGAGCAUGGAGAGCAGCGAGGAGCCGGUGGCCGAGGCCGUUUUGAGCGGCUCCAGGGCGCAGGGAGAAGCCAGCGGGGAGGAGAAGCCGCGGAGAUGCCUGAGCAGGAGGGGCUGCAAACGCAGAGCGCGGGGAUCCGAGGGGCAAAGAGCCGGCCUGGGCCAGGGAGGGGCUCAGAGCCCCGAGCUGGGGCUCCGGGAGCAGCUCCAGGAUGGGCAGGAGAAGCCCCAGGAGCGCUCGGAGUGCGGGAAGAGCUUCAGCAGGAGCUCCGAGCUGGGUGCCCACCUGAAGAACCACAUGGAGCAACACCCGGGAUCUGAGAGGGAAAAACCCACCCUGGACCUGGGUCAGAGAUCAGAGCUGGGGCUCCGUGAGCAGCUCCAGGAUGGGCAGGAGAAGCCCCACGAGCGCUCGGAGUGCGGGAAGAGCUUCACCAAAAGGUCCCACCUGAUUGUCCACCUGAGGAACCACAUGGAACAACACCCGGGAUCUGAGGGAGAAAAACCCACCCUGGACCAGGGUCAGAGCUCAGAGCUGCGGGUCCGUGAGCAGCUCCAGGAUGGGCAGGAGAAGAAGCCCCACGAGUGCUUGGAAUGCGGGAAGAGCUUCAAGAGGAGAUCCUGCCUUGUUGUCCACCAAAAAAUCCACACGGGAUCUGAGGGGGAAAAACCCACCCUGGACCAGGGUCAGAGCUCAGAGCUGGGACUCCAAGAGCAGCUCCAGGAUGGGGAGAAGAAGCCCCACAAGUGUUUGGAAUGUGGGAAGAGCUUCACCAAAAGGUCCCACCUGAUUGUCCACCAGAGGAGCCACACGGGGAAGAAGCCCCACAAGUGUUUGGAGUGUGGGAAGAGCUUCAUGCUGAGCUUCCACCUGGUUGACCAUUCCAGAGUCCACACAGGAGAACGUCCCUACGAGUGUGGGCUGUGUGGGAAGAGCUUCACCAGCAGCUCCUACCUGAGGGUCCACCAGAGGAUGCACACCGGGGAGAAGCCCUACGAGUGCGGGCAGUGCAAGAAGAGGUUCCUGACCAGCUCCUACCUCCUCGUGCACCAGCGGAUCCACAAAGACGAGAAACCCUUCAGCUGCCCCGACUGCGGCAAGAGCUUCAGCCAGAAGUCCAACCUGGUCGUCCACCGGCGCAUCCACACCGAUGAGAGGCCCUACGAGUGUCCCCGGUGUGGGAAGGGCUUCAGGACAAACUGCCAGCUGGUUGUCCACCACAGGACGCACACGGGAGAGCGGCCCUACGAGUGUGGGCAGUGCGGGAAGAGCUUCAGCAGCAACUCCCAGCUGAUUUUUCACCGGAGGAGCCACACCGGCGAGAGGCCCUACGGGUGUCCCCAGUGCGGGAAGAGCUUCAGGGAGCGCUCGAGCCUCAACGUCCACCUCAGGAUCCACACUGGAGAACGGCCCUACAGGUGCGGGCAGUGCGGGAAGGGCUUCACCUCCAGCACGGGGCUGACCGUCCACCGCAGGAGGCACACGGGGGAGCGGCCCUACGGGUGCCCCCAGUGCGGGAAGAGCUUCAGGGAGCACUCGAGCCUCAAAGUCCACCUCAGGAUCCACACUGGAGAACGGCCCUACAGGUGCCCCCAGUGCGGGAAGGGCUUCAGGGAGCGUUCAAGCCUCAACGUCCACCUCAGGAUCCACACUGGAGAACGCCCCUACAGGUGCCCCCAGUGCGGGAAGGGCUUCACCUCCAGCACGGGGCUGACCGUCCACCGCAGGAGGCACACGGGGGAGCGGCCCUACGAGUGCCCCCAGUGCCCCAAGAGCUUCAGCAGGAGCUCCCAGCUGCUGGUGCACCUGAGGUGCCACACCGGCGAGAGGCCCUACGAGUGCCCCCAGUGCGGGAAGGGCUUCAGGGAGCGCUCCCAGCUGCUGGUGCACCUGAGGUGCCACACCGGCGAGAGGCCCUACGAGUGCCCCCAGUGCCCCAAGAGCUUCAGCGGGAGGUCCCAGCUGCUGGUGCACCUGAGGUGCCACACCGGCGAGAGGCCCUACGGGUGCGCCCAGUGCGGGAAGAGCUUCGCGACGAGCUCCUGCCUGAUGAAACACCGCCGGAGCCACACGGGGGAGAAGCCCUACGAGUGCGGGUGGUGCGGGAAGAGCUUCGUGGUGAGGUCCCACCUCAACACCCACCUGAGGACCCACACCGGGGAGAAACCCUUCGAGUGCCAGCUGUGCGGCAAGAGCUUCAGCACCAGGUCCUACCUGGUCGUCCACCAGCGGUUCCACAGCGGGGAGAGGCCCUACAAGUGCGGGGAGUGCGGGAAGAGCUUCGUCAUGUGCUCCCUGCUGAUCGUCCACCGGAGGAUCCACACCGGCGAGCGGCCCUACGUGUGCGACGUGUGCAGGAAGGGUUUCAGGAGCGGCUACCUUCUCCUGGUCCACCAGCGCUCGCACACGGACGAGAAACCCUUCCGGUGCCCCGACUGCGGCAAGGGCUUCAGGGAGAACUCCACCCUCACCGUCCACCGCCGCGUGCACACCGGGGAGAGGCCCUACCUGUGCCCCCAGUGCGGGAAAACCUUCAUGCUGAGCUCCCGCCUGCGGGCCCACCAGAGGAGCCACACGGGAGAACGUCCCCACAGGUGCGAGGAGUGCGGCAAGGGCUUCACCACCCGCCCGGGGCUGGUCCACCACCAGAGGAGCCACACCGGCGAGAAACCCUACGCGUGCGGGCAGUGCGGGAAGAGCUUCACCACCAGCUCCUGCCUGAGGUCCCACAAGAAGACGCACAGCGACGAGAAGCCCUUCGAGUGCCCGCUGUGCGGGAAGAGGUUCAGGGCGAGCUCCAGCCUCAGGAGGCACCAGAGCACGCACACGCGGGAGGAACCUUUGCACUGCGAGAAACCUUUCCGCUGUCCCGACUGCGGGAGGCGCUUCAAGCUCAACUCCUUCCUGGCCAAGCACCGGCUGAUCCACGCCGGGGACGGCCCCCGCGAGUGUCACCUGUGUGGCAAGAGGUUCUCGGCCAGUUCUCUCCUGGCCAGGCACCGGUGGAAGUUCCAUUGA